UCACAGAGUAGAUAGAUGGCUAGCAGCUGCCAAAGGGGGAGGAAGAAUAGGACACAGAACUUAGAAAGUCAGUCUGAUAGUUUUUAACCAUGAAUAAGCUCACGUGAGCUGCUUUUAAAUGCAAUUAUAAUGAUACGAAUAUUGAGCGGUGCGUGUGUUAAGGUUGUUGGUGGCGCGCGGCCGAAGGUGCUAAAGGACAUUGCAACCAGACAGCUACACAGCACAUUUGAUGUGGCCGUGGUCGGUGCCGGCAUCGUGGGCUUGGCCACUGCAAGAGAGCUCAUUCAACGACACUCGUCGCUGAGCUUCAUCUUGCUGGAGAAAGAAAAAGAACUUGCUUCACACCAAAGUGGCCACAACAGUGGAGUCAUCCACAGUGGGAUCUACUACACGCCGGGCUCACUAAAGGCUCGUUUGUGUGUACGAGGAGCUACGUUAGCCUACGAGUAUUGCGAGAAGAAAAGAAUUCCUUAUAAGAGAUGUGGAAAGCUUAUUGUUGCUGUUGAGCAGGACGAGAUUCCCAGGCUGAAAGCUCUGUACGUGCGUGGCAUGAAGAACAACGUCCGUGACCUCAGCAUCGUUGAUGCCAAGGGGAUCCGGGAGCGAGAGCCAUACUGCAGGGGAAUAAUGGCCUUGGAUUCGCCUUACACUGGAAUUGUAGACUGGAGGAUGGUGGCUCUCAGGUACGGCACAGACUUUGAGGAAGCAGGCGGUACAGUGGUAACUAACUAUGAAGUCAGUGACAUUUCCAUGGUCAAGGAGAGCCCCGCAGGGAACACUGAUGGAAUUAAAUAUCCGAUUGCCAUCAGAGAUAAAAAGGGUAAUGAGGUACGGUGCCGUUACGUCCUGACCUGUGGGGGUCUCUAUUCAGACCGUCUUUCACAGAUAUCCGGAUGCAGUCCGGAGCCAAGGAUUGUCCCCUUCAGAGGAGAUUAUUUGGUCCUGAAACCAGAGAAACACUACCUGGUCAAAGGCAACAUCUACCCUGUUCCCGACCCUCGCUUCCCGUUCCUUGGAGUUCACUUCACCCCGAGGGUGGAUGGAAGUGUUUGGCUCGGCCCCAAUGCAGUCCUUGCUUUCAAAAGGGAAGGGUACAGUGUGUACGACUUCAAUGCUCAAGACUUUACAGAUGCUCUUUCCUUCAGAGGCCUUCAGAAGCUGAUAAUGAGGAAUGUAACUUAUGGUGUGGGAGAGAUGUAUAGAGGGGUUUUUAUUGGGGCGCAGGUAAAAAUUUUGCAGAAGUACAUCCCUGAACUCUCCCUAAGUGAUGUGCUCAGGGGUCCCUCAGGAGUUCGAGCUCAAGCCCUCGAUCGUGAUGGAAACCUAGUGGACGACUUUGUCUUCGAUGGCGGAGUUGGAGAUGUGGGUAGUCGGGUGCUCCAUGUGCGCAACGCUCCCUCACCAGCGGCCACCUCCUCCCUCGCCAUCGCAGAAAUGAUUGCAGAUGAGGUGGAAAGCCGCUUCACGCUGUAAAGAAACCUGAUGAUCACAGAGGGAAAAAGAGAAAGACAAACACAUCCAGCCUGAAGUCGACGAGGAGAGUACAGUGUUCUAUCAACCUUUGAGUGUCAGCAUCUCAGAGACAUUUUAGUGCAGGUCAGGCCUUAAUUUAAUCCGGAAAGUGACUUUUUUCAUGAACUGUUCACUGGCAUGGUGCUAUUUCAGGUCUUGUAAUACAUUCACUCUCACAUCACUGUAAAAAUGAAUUUUGCACCACAUUUCUGUCUAGAAAUAAAGCACAUCAAGGUCUACUUUUAAUGAAACUAUUACACAUACCUCAAAGCACUUUUUCAGCUGCAAGAACCUUGUUCAGAGAACCUUGUUCAAAGUGCUGACCCACAUAAACAUCUAGUUUUAACUGUGAAUUUGCCAUUUUAAAUGAAAGAUGCUUAAAAAACUGGCACUGAUUUACUUCUUAUACUUUUGGUUUUGCUUUUUUUUGUUACUGUCUGAAUUAGAAGUUUAUUAGAAUAUUGUAUAGUCUGCUGUACAUGACUGAAGAGCGUUAGCCCCAUGCUGCAUAUAAUCAUGUCUGGUGUGUAAGGAAAAAAAAAAUCCAGUUUUCAAACAGUAUUUAAAAACAAACAAUACUUUUCUCAAAUGCUAAAAAGAUAACAGAUUUUUGAGGUAUCAGUGGAUAACGAAGCUACUCAUGUAAAGUAGUUAUCUUCACAGAUUAUGUCUUUAAAAUGUUUUAUACUUAUAUCAAGGCUAAAUAGUGCUGUUAUGUUAUACUUAUGGUAAAGAAUAGUUAGUCUGGGAUUUUGUAGUAUUUUGCUGAAUUUGCUCUUUUUUUCUUAUAGCUUGGGAGGUUGAACACGUUUCUCUGUUCAGAUAAUGCUCCUAUAUCAUGUUCCUUCUUUUAUUUUAUCCUAUUUACUGACGAAUGAACGUGUAAUUAAGUUUUACAUUAUUUUUCUUUUAAUCACAAGUUAACUAAUGAUCUGAGAUUUUUGCCAUAUGACAUUUAAACGUGUAUCUGUACAUGUUUAAACCUAAGGUACUGAUACAGAUUACCCAGGAUAUGGGGAGUAUAGAGCAUAUAACUGAAAAUCAACCUGAAGAUCAGCUUUACUUUGUGACGUUUCUUCCUUUUUUUUCUUUUUCACAGCAAGUGUUAUUAUAUAGUUUUCAUAGCAGUUGUGUGCAACAGAUUUAUCAACUCUUGGGCCAGUUUGUCCACCAGGGGGCAGAAGCACAGCAACAAAACAGUGACUCAGUAGAGGCACAAAAUAUUUCUAAAUUAGAUGAUGUUGCAAAAAAAAAAAAAAAAAAAAAAAAGGUUUGUUUCUUACUUUUUAGUGGCCAUAUCUUCUUUUUUUUAACUUAAUGUCUGCUUGUCUAUUAAAAUUUACAUUACUCAGGUACAGAAAAAGCCAAUAAAGGUCUAUUUUAUUUUGAA